AUGGCCGGUGAAUCAAAGACCGUCUGGCAAGCAUACAAGUCCAUUCCACCACAGACUCGCAUGAUCAUGGGGUUUGCCGGAUUGGCCCUUAGUGUCGCCGGUAUGUACUGGGCGGAUUACGAGGAGAAGAGGAGGCCUGUUAGCGAGGACGAAUGGAGGAAGUUGCCUAUUCGCAUUGAAACGGUUGAACGCUUGCCCGAGGCACCGGUUGUGCCCGGAUCAUCAACGGAGUUGAACCAAAAGAUCUAA